AUGUCGAGCUCCGGAAUCCGCUAUGCCGACUAUCUCGGCUGGACAUUUACUCCGGCUGUCAUUGCCUCGGUCAUCUUCUUGGCCACCGACUUCCUCCUUGUAUUCAACUUGCUCCGCUGCAAAGUUCCUCCGGCCAGAUCUACCUUUUAUGUCAUGAUCGCCUGGGCCACCCUCCGUUCUGCCGGCAUGAUUUGCCGGGCCCUCUCGACCACCGACCAGCUCGGCUCCAACCUCGGUCUGUUUAUCACUACUGCAGUGCUCAUCAGCGUGGCCCUCUUUCCUCUGCUCCGAACAUUGAUUGCCAACCUCCUUCGCGUCCACGUGUCCGUCGAUAACAUCAAGCGCAUCCACGGGCUUGUCCAGGCCUCUCAGCCAUCCAACGUGCGGGGCCGCCAGCAUGGCAACUUCAAGCACUUUCAGAGCGUUUCGUCAAUGGCUCUACUCGUCAUUAUCGUCGUGCUCAUUAGUGGUGUUGUCUGGAUCCUGAACACCCCCGCCGGUGUUGCUGUCGAUCCAACGGCAACGACUCUUCGACUCGCCGGUACCUGGGCCCUCGCCGUCUUCACUUGGAUCCAGUUCUUUGCCUGUGUUCGUGCCUUUAUUGUCGUUCUGGGUUUGCCAAAGCGCAUUCGCUCCGAGACUCACCUAGUCGCCAACUCGAUCAUCUUGAUCUUCCAGUCCGUGAUGCUGAUUAUUCGGACCAUCUACGGCCUGUAUGCAAUCGGCGCCAUUGGGACGGUCGCGCUCGCUAUCCCUGAGGGUAUUUACUAUUCUCUUGGCCUGGUGACAGAGCUUUUGUAUGUCGUCCCCUUCUUGAUCCCGAAGCAGGUCGAAAAGAUGGAGCCCGUUCCUACCGAGUCUCAAAAGGAGGCUCAAACGGGCGACAUCUAA